GCGCAAGGAUCUCAGACAGAGGUUCCGUAAAGCGGUUUCCGCUCUCUCCGGUCCUUUCCUCCGCUAAAAGGUUCAUCAUGUCGUCCCAUUUGCAGUGGAUGGUCAUCAGGAACUGCUCCAGCUUCCUCAUCAAGAGGAACGGACAGACCUACAGCACUGAGCCCAACAACCUGAAGUCCAGGAACUCUUUCCGCUUCAAUGGUUUGGUGCACAAGAAGACUGUAGGUGUGCAGCCAGCGGCCGAUGGCAAGGGUGUCGUUGUCGUGCUGAAGAAGCGUUCAGGUCAGCACAAACCUGUUGGCUCCUACGAGAAGAUCACCAUUAACAAGAACUCCCGCGCCACCCUCAACAGCCUGAGGCACAUCAUUCGCAAGAACAAGUACAGGAAGGACCUGCGCAUGGCUGCCCUGCGUCGUGCCAGUGCCAUUCUGAAGAGCCAGAAGCCUGUUGUGGUCAAAAAGAAGCGCACCAGGGCUGCCAAGACAGCAUAAACUGAUACACAUGAUUAAUAAAUAAAAGCUUUUUGUUUGGAAAAAACA